GUUAAAUGAUGAAUACUCCAAGCACUUGUUCCCUUUUAUUUGCUCUUCUUGUAAUCUUCUCAUGUUCAUGGGCAGUUUCUUCUGAUGGACAUGAUGAUUUUAUUCAAUGUAUGUCCAUUCAAUCAAACAAUGACUCUUCCAUUUCCAAUGUUGUUUAUACCCCAAACGAUACUUCAUACUCAUCAAUCCUAAAUUUCUCCAUACAAAACCUUCGAUUCACAUCAGAAACAACACCUAAACCAUUAGUCAUUGUUACUCCCGUGCAAGAAUCCCAAAUUCAACCUAUCAUAUAUUGCGCCAAAGAAAAUGGAAUGCAAAUACGGGUUCGAAGUGGUGGCCAUGAUUAUGAAGGACUUUCAUAUGCAUCAGAAGUUCCUUUUGUCAUACUUGAUCUUUUCAACUUAAGGGAAAUAAGUGUUGAUGCUGAUAACAAAACUGCAUGGGUUCAAACCGGUUCAACCAUCGGGGAACUAUACUAUAGAAUUUCGGAAACAAGUCAAACCCUAGGGUUUCCUGCUGGUGUUUGCCCUACCGUUGGAGUUGGUGGGCAUUUCAGUGGUGGAGGGUAUGGAGCAUUGUUAAGAAAAUAUGGGCUUGCAGCAGAUAAUAUAAUUGAUGCGCGCUUGGUUGACGUGAAUGGAAGGAUUCUCGAUCGAAAAUCAAUGGGUGAAGAUCUAUUCUGGGCCAUAAGAGGAGGUGGAGGUGCUAGUUUUGGAGUCAUUCUUGCUUGGAAGAUACAAUUGGUGGAUGUUCCAGAAAAAGUCACUGUGUUUACAAUUAACAAGACCUUGGAUCAAAAUGCAACAAAUAUUGUUCACCGAUGGCAAUACAUUGCACACAAAUUCGAUGAAGAUUUGUUCAUUAGAAUCCUUAUAAGAAGGGUGAAUUCAAGCCAAGAUGGAGGGAGAACUAUACAGGCUUCAUUUAAUUCAUUGUACCUUGGUGGUGUUGGAACAUUGCUUCCUCUAAUGCAACAAAGCUUCCCAGAAUUGGGUCUCCAGAGAGAAUAUUGCACUGAAAUGAGUUGGAUAGAAUCAAUCCUAUAUUUUGCUGGGUUUCCCAUCGAAUCACGAGAAGUAUUGCAGAACAGGACUCAGCCAAAUGUACGAUACUUCAAAGCAAAAACGGACUAUGUUCAGAAACCUAUUUCCAGGAAUGGGCUCGAAGGGAUUUGGAAAUUGUUUUUUGAAGAGGAAGCUGAGGAAGCUGAGAUGAUAUUGAGUCCAUAUGGUGGAAGAAUGGAUAAAAUUUCAGAUUCUGCAAUUCCCUUUCCUCACAGGGCUGGUAAUUUGUACAAAAUCCAGCACUUGGUGUAUUGGGAACCAGAAGAGGUAGAGGCAUCAGAUAAGUAUAUAAAUUGGAUUAGAAAGCUUUACAGUUACAUGGCUCCUUAUGUUUCAAACUUUCCAAGGGCUGCAUAUAUCAACUAUAGAGAUCUUGAUAUUGGAGUUAAUAACAAGGGCAACACAAGCUAUUCACAAGCCAGCAUUUGGGGGAUCAAAUAUUUCAAGAAUAAUUUCAACAGAUUGGUUCAUGUGAAAACCAAAGUUGAUCCUGCUAAUUUCUUCCAGAAUGAACAAAGUAUUCCGCCCCUCUACUCAUGGUGGAACAAAAAUGGGAAAUAAGAUUCCCGGGGAAACUAAAUUCUACACUUUUAUGUUAUUUGUACUUAAUAAAUAUGUUCCCGAUAGAUUUUUAUUACUGUGAUUUGCAUAUUAGAUAAAUUGGUGUAGUUUGUGUCAAUAAAGAUCAUUAUGUAAAUGUACGUUUAAUAAUAAAGGAUACCAUUUUUAGUAAAUU